UUCUCACCCUCUCCCUCUCGUUCUCGUUUUUUCGGGUGGCCAUGGCUUCUUCAUCUCUCUCCUCCCUCUCUCUCCCCUGCUUCUCAGCAAAAACCAAAACCCUAAUUCUUCCUUCAUCUCAAUUUCUCUCUCCUCUCUCUUCAAUCCCUCAAUCUCGCCGCUCAGUCUCCACUCUUCGCCCAGUCUCCACUCUUCGCCCAGUCUCUCCGAUCUCAGCCGUCCAAUUGGAGGCCCAAAUUACGAAAAACCCCUCAAAGCCCGCUCCUUUACUUCCCUUUAGGGUUGGCCAUGGCUUUGAUCUCCACCGCCUCGAGCCCGACCGCCCUCUCAUUAUUGGUGGUAUCGACAUCCCCCAUGAUCGCGGCUGCGAUGCCCACUCUGACGGUGAUGUUUUGCUUCAUUGUGUGGUGGAUGCGAUAUUGGGGGCGCUAGGGCUCCCUGAUAUCGGCCAGAUUUUUCCGGAUUCGGAUCCGAAGUGGAAGGGCGCUGCUUCUUCUGUUUUCAUGAGAGAAGCUGUGAAACUCAUGCAUGAGGCGGGUUACGAGCUUGGAAACUUAGAUGCCACUCUGAUACUACAGAGGCCGAAGCUGAGCCCUCAUAAAGAAGAAAUCAGGGCAAAUUUAUGUGAGCUUCUGGGUGCAGACCCAGCUGUCGUUAACCUGAAAGCAAAAACCCAUGAGAAGGUUGACAGUCUCGGUGAAAAUCGGAGCAUUGCAUGUCACACUGUGGUUCUUCUUAUGAGAAAAUAAAGGGUUCUUCCUUUAGGGCAGUGGGAAUGUUUCAUGUUGUAUUUGUUGACAUUGAAUACAUACAUUGUCAUUUGUAUUUUGGAACUCUUCUACAUACCAAAUGUAUGAGAACUCAUAAGAAAAAUAAGAAGUAUAUAACUUUUUUAUGUUAAUUUUUAAGAAA